GCCCCAACAGAGUGCACAAAUGCAAAGUUUGUUGUUUUACUUCACCAUGAAGUUUAAUGACAUUGAGUUUUCCAUUGGAAAGAACACGCAGCACAGCGCCUCCAAAAAGCUGCUGCUGCUAGCCCUCUGUCUAGUUUUCCUCACCAUCGUCCCUCUGUAUCUGUUGACAACUUCACGUUCACCACCACCAUCCCCUAAGAUUGAUAUCAGUGAUUUGAGAAACAUAGGAAUAGUGAAGGAAUGUGACAUUUUUAGUGGAAAAUGGAUUCCUGAUCCUAAUGGUCCUUACUACACUGAUGCAACUUGUAGCCUAAUCAUCGACCAGCACAAUUGCAUGAAAUUUGGCAGACCUGAUACGGAGUUCAUGAAAUGGAGGUGGAGACCAGAGAAAUGUGAGCUACCUUUCUUUAAUGCAAAGCAAUUCUUGGAACUUGUUCGAGGGAAGAUGAUGGCCUUCGUCGGAGACUCUGUAGGAAGGAAUCAAAUGCAAUCAUUGUUAUGUCUCUUAUCCAGUGUGACCCAUCCUGAGGAUAUUUCUCGUAGGUAUACAGCAGACACAACAUAUUUCAAACGCUGGUUCUAUGCUGAUUACGGGUUUACUCUAGCUACUCUUUGGUCUCCGUUCUUGGUUAAGUCCCGUGAUGCAGACCCCAAUGGUCAUUCCCUCAACAGCCUGAUGAGCCUUUACUUAGACCAAGCUGAUGAGGCAUGGGCUAGUCAGAUUGAAAGUUUCGACUAUGUGAUCAUCUCAGCUGGACAAUGGUUCUUCCGUCCUCUUAUAUACUACAUCAAUGGUCAGAUUGUUGGUUGUCAUAACUGCUACAUGGAAAACAUUACUGCUGUCACAAAGUAUUAUGGCUACAGAAUGGCAUUUCGAACUGCGUUUGAGACCCUUCGAAGCCUAAAGAACUACAAGGGCAUUACAUUUUUAAGGACAUUUUCUCCUUCACACUUCGAAAAUGGAGCGUGGAAUGAAGGAGGGAAUUGUAUUAGGACAACGCCCUUUACAAGCGAGGAAAUGAAGUUCGAUGGGUAUAACUUGGAAUUCUACCUCACACAAGUUGAAGAGCUAAGGAAAGCACAGAAAGAAGGGAGGAAGGGGGGUUUAAAAUUUGAGCUGCUAGCAACUACAGAAGCAAUGCUGCUGAGGCCAGAUGGGCACCCAAACUAUUAUGGUCGCUCACCUCAUAGCAAUGUGACUGUAGCUGACUGCGUUCACUGGUGCUUGCCUGGCCCCAUUGACACUUGGAAUGAGUUUUUGCUUUAUAUGAUAAGGAAGGAAGCGUGGAGAUCUUUUUAUGAGAAGCUACAGAAAACUAUUUCAUGAAGAAAUGAAUAUAUUCGUAUAUCUUCAACACGUUUUAUCAACACUAUUCGUUAUUCUUUGUAAUCUUUGUUCUGUAAUGGGUUAUCGUUUACAAGUAAAUGAAGUGUUUACGAACAUAUGAAACAAGAACAUGGAAAAGGUUUCAUGUUCCCCUCACAUUACACAUACCGACAGUCGAAUCAACAUACCAAUGGGAUCAAAUCCACUACUUCUAGCUGUUAUCAAAGAAGCACCGAAGCUUUCAAAUUAUUGCAUUUUGAGAAGCCAUGGACAAACAUAUGUAUCAAAUAAAUUGAACAGCCCAGUCAUCAUCACCUAUGGUGUUUGGUAUUGAACUAAAUAGAGUGCAAAAGGGGUGCUCAUUUUGCAAGAUCUUUA